UAAAUCUUAAUACCACACUGAUUAUUCCAUGUACCUUUUAUCUAUUUUGCACGGGAAUCAAGAUUUCAGUUCUAAAGACAUCAGGGUCCGGAUCGACAAGAACUCCAUGAAGCUGUUGGUGUGGUGCAGGAAGCCUCUGGCUCAAACCACCAUCGCCCGAGUCGAGUUAGAACUUGACGUUCCUAAGGAUGCAGACGUCGGACAAAUCAGAGGGGGUUUUGAACAAGGAUGGCUGUCAUUGUCCAUGCCGAAGAAGAGGAUUACGCAGGAUCCUGAUAGGAAAGAGGAGGAAGAAAUGCCAAAGGAGAAGGCAGAGAAUGGAGAAACGAAGAAGGCAGAGAGCGGAGAAAGGAAGAAGGAAGAAAAACUCACCCCGAAAGAGAAGGCAGAGAGCGGAGAAAGCAAGAAGAAAGAAGAGCCCAUGCCAAAAGAUGAGCAGAAGAAAAGCAAAGAAGAAGAAGAAGAAGAAGGCAUGCCCAAGGAACCAGACUCGCCGAAGGAAAAGAUUGAGAAAGAUAAAACAGAGGAGAAGGCAAAAGAAGGAAGCUUGCCAGAGGACAAACCUACUGUUGGUGCCGACAACAGGGAGCAGGAACGUAAGAGGCAAUUGGACAAGGCAAAGAGUAAAAAAGAGACUACAGAAGAAGCAGCACCUUCCAUGUACGGAGAGAAGCCAAAGGCUUGCAGAAAGAGAGAGAGAGGAGAAGGAAGGUGGGAAGGUGCGAAUUGGAGGAACAAAAUUGAGGAGAUAGAAGAGUACUGGCUUGACGGUGGACUGGUGGAUAAGUUGAUGAAGAGCUUUGAGAGUAAGAAGAAGUUGAUCUAUGCAGCAGCUGUUGGCUUCUCAGUGGGAUUCUUUGUGGCUCAGAAGCUGAGGUCAAGAAGCACAUGA